UAGCAUCACUCCCUAUACAGUGUACACAUUUCAUGUCGUAUUCAGUCGUGUUUGAUGCAGAAUGAAAUCCCCUACGAGGAAGUACGUCCGUAAAACUCGCGGGAAUAGUUUGUUAUCGAAGGCCUUGAUCUAAUCGCCCGUAAGUUUGUAAACAUUAGGCCGAUAAAUCGCGUUGAAUACUCUGAUGCAUCAGAUAUGAGUUCCUACAGUGCUCAAUCUUUCGCAACGUGACGUGUAUUAUGAAGCUGCGACAAGAAACUAACCUAAAGUGGACGUUCUUGACGUAACACAGUCAGUAUUAUUGUCUCCGAUUGGCCACAAAAUCUUAUUAAACGAUGAGCGAUGCGUAUCAAAGGCCUGCUAUUGUUGCUUAUCUGCAUAGCAGGGAGCAGCAUCGUGUUUAUCGCUUUCAGCAAUCAACGACCUUCCAUUCAGACAUUAGUGACGGAGACUCACAAACAGUUGCGGAGCUUCCAGGAAAAUUUAAAAGACGUUGAGGAGAAACGUCUAGUGACAGAUUCUAAGUACCUUGCGUUGCUUGGUCUGGAUGGACAGACAACCACCACACCGAUCAGUUCCAAACCUCAUAAUGUAACGGUUGUGUCGCUCGUAAGGCCUGGAAACGAGCAAUAUAUUUAUGGCUUCGUUAGAAACGUUAGCCAUUUUUUGCCAAAUAAUAGUAUUGUAAUUUAUAGCGUCGGUUUAAACGAAGAUUCCUUACAAAGUAUUAGACUCGCCUGUAAUUCUACGAAAUGUAAUGUGACUCAAUUUGAUCUAAAUCCGUUUCCUGCUCACGUCGAAGAUGACACGCUGCAUGUUUAUAGACCUUUAGUUAUUCAAACAGCUUUAAAUACGCUAGGUAGUAUAAUCUAUAUGGAUUCCAAUGUACGUCUGAAUUCUUCAGACAUCGCAAAAUAUCUCUGUCCAAAAUCUGGAAUCUUAACUUGGCCUACAAGGCACGCCAUUAGUUCAUUGACACAUCCAAAGAUGUACGAGUACUUUCAUGCCUCUGCUGAGAGUUUCUUCUUUCUCCCACUGAUUAGAGCCUCACACUUAAUAAUUAGCAAUUUUAAAGACAUUAGGGAAAAGGUAAUGCUGCCUUGGGUCCAGUGUGCAUUGACGAGGGAUUGUAUUUCCCCUAUUGGUGCGCAAUCGGCGGGCUGUAGAUUCAACAAAAAGCCACAAUACCGAUAUUCUGGUUGUCACGCAUACGACACCUCCGCGUUAAAUAUAGUUUUGGGAUUGCAUUUUAACUUUGAUGAUACGUACUAUGUAUACAAGGAGCGGGAGACGUACUUUAACAAAAUUCAGCCCGAGGAGAUCACCGAGGAGUACCUUAUGAUUACACGGCAAAACAACGCCACCGAGACCAAUGUUAAGAAUUUCAUUCAGGAGCGCUAAAUCUUUUUUGAUCUCAAUUUACCUUAGGUAAUACGUCGGAUAAGCACAACUUAAUUUAAGAUUGUUAAGCAUUGAAUUAAAUUAUAAUAAAUAGCGGAAUGACAAACUUCAA